AGUCUACUGCGCGUGUUAUCAAAAAGAUGGCAUGCUAAAAGAACGAAGAAAGUUGGCAUAGUUGGAAAGUAUGGUGUUCGUUACGGUGCUUCUCUCAGGAAGACCAUCAAGAAAAUCGAAAUCAGCCAACAUGCUAAAUACAACUGCAAUUUCUGUGGAAAGGAUUCGUUAAAGAGGAAAGCAGCAGGUAUAUGGGAAUGCAAGGCGUGCAAAAAGGUAGUAGCUGGGGGCGCUUAUGUCUGCAGGUAUGUAAUUUCACUUCCUUAACCAUUCUGUAGCACUACUGCCGCGACUACAAUCCGAGCUGCUAUUAGGCGCUUGCGUGAUGCUCACGAGUCAUGAACUAUGUUUCUUUAAAUAUAGCUGGUGCACUUCCUGAAUAUAUUUCUGAUUUAAAGUCUUCGGUUGAGUGCUUUCAGGGUUAUUCAUAUCUAUAUGAAAAGGUGGUUGGUAAUUUUGUCAGCCAACAGGCGUAUAUAAUAGUGUGUUAGUCAUUUGAAAUACACAAUUAGAUGGUCCUUUUACUAUAGUGGUCAUGGUUGUUUCUUGGAGUCGCGCGGUUCUGAUCGUGUCUUAAGUUAUUGUAUGAUGUUAAAAUGCAAGAAUUAGGUACCGCUUUACUAAGUUGCUUGCAAGUGAGUCGACUUAAUUACAAAGUCAGUAUGUGCAUUUGAUUCUUGAUGGCAAGCUAAACAUAAAAUCAUCUAAUAUACGCUAAUGCCCAUUGAAGAUCACCGCCGUAUUCUCAGUAAUUUGAUUACCAAGUAUAUAUCUUUUUCACGAAUCUACUUAUUGUUAACUACUAUGGUUAGUUUAAAAACAGUUAUAAUCUUGUGGCCUGCCGGUAUUUUGUUGUUUGUAAACUACUCGAUGUUAUGGGUUUUCCAUUGAGAAUUACUGAAUGAAUAGUCACCUAAGUUUUGUAAGUUGGAUAUUUUUGAGUUAAUCCUGUGUUAACCCGCUUUGUAAAGUAAGACUGCAGCUCCUUGCACUCAUCCGAAAUAGUUUGAUCCACGUUAAUAUGUGAUACGUUGGAGAUAUUUUUAUAACAGAAUUUGACAUGCGCUUUACAAGAUAUAAGGAUUGAGUCGAACUCCCAUGAUUUUGUACUUUUUGCAGAGCACUGAAAGGGGUUCGGUGUUUUCGUUUCCAGUGGACUCAGUCGCUACAAUUACUCGACCGUUGAUAUGAAGUCUUCUAUGAGUAGCCAAUAGUUGUUUGAAAGGAUUGCUGGUUUCUGUAAUCGUAUAAUACACGGUAGCGAUUCAGGACAUUCCCAUGAUCACUUUUAGGCUACACAUAACCAGUGUAAUAUUAGGUUGUUGAUUAUAUGUGGUCGUACAAUACUGUCCGUUUCACCAUUCGCCUACUUAGGUUGUAUCGCAAGUGGAAGGGUGAACUGGUCAGACUAGUUACUACCAAAAACAUCACUAAAAAGUUACACAUUGUAAUACAUUAGGUCGAUCUAACCCCACAAGUAUUCCGUUUAUGAUAGUGAAUCCGUUAGCCAACUGUAUACACUUUCUAUGUGUAAAACGAUGGAUGCAAAAGAAUUCAGUUUAACGAUAUUUAGACGUCCAGAUUCACACAGAUGGAGGCUUUAGGUCAUACGGAAUCUAGAGGGCUACAUGCUGGUUAAAAAAUUAGAUUGAUAGUGCGAGGACGAGUAACUGUUUGCUUAUCUGACCACUAAGAACCCACAAAAUGUAGCUCACCUAUCUCUCAGUUUUAGCGAAAAUCACGUAUUUCCAUAUAACGGGACAACCCCGAGCUCCAAAGGUUGAGUCUCUACAGGCCAUGCUAACCGUUGAUACAACAUAGUUUGAGUUAUUACCAACCGAAAGUAAGCUGGAUUGUUUUGGCUCUGACUGUUGUGGUUUGUGACAAUAAUGAUCCCCGUGAGCAGUUUCACUAGCGUGCUGAAGUCAGUAAACAUUGGGUAGUCACAUGGACUUGAAGGACGACAAAACAGGUCUUCAUCUUUUGCAAUAUACAUGAUAUUUUGCAGUAGACCACUGUUUUGACCCAAGAGUAACAUUUGACAGCAGCGAUCGAACAGACAUGUCGGUGUCCUGAGAUUUCAGGAGAUUCGUAUUGUGCUAUCAAACGCAUUUUAUGCAAACUCAGUUGUAUAGUAUUGUAGGCUAUCAAGGUGACUAAAGAGCUAUGUAGACUGUUGACUUUAAGCACAGAAAGAGUAUUAGUGUAAGUGACUUGGAUUUUUCUUCCCUCUCUGAUCUACUUAAAGUAUACAGAUGCAGGGUUUGAUUGAUUCCUUGGACGAGAACCUGUGUAUAGGUGCCUUCCGCAUUUAUCAAGUACCAGGUGAUGCUCAACGACCACUAUGAAUAACAGCAGAUCAAGAAGUAGGUCGCUAGAACAAGAUAUCGCAUCACCCAACCAACUUGUAUGUAUGUAUGCAAAUGUCCUGGUUAAGACCACUAAGAUAAUAGAAACCGGGGGUUGGUGAUGGGAAAUAAAGAGAGAUGGCAACGGAGUAUAUUUCCCACCAGUUUUAUCCCUUUGUAAAUCACUCAUACACAUAGAGAUUAUUCUUAUAAACAUCUGUGGCCGCUUUUACGUCGACUUGUAUAUUUUCCAUGGUCCUUUCUCGGUAUAUGCGAGUUAAUACUUGCCAAAGGCCAGUAAAAUGAGUUAACUUAGUUUGCAUCCGUCUAUAAUUUAGAACAUUAGUAUUAUUUUGGUGUAGAUGUAUAUAAGUUGCCAGAGAACAUAUUUAAACCGUGCCCAUUCAGCUAAGUUGUAGGUAAGCACUCAAACAUAUAUAUUUGAAGAUCAUUAACGACAACAGUAUUACAAGAGGUUAAUCUGUGAAAUACACAACUCAUUUUGAUAUGGAGAUCAGGACAAACCCUUAAUGCAAUAAGACAGAGAAACUGUUUCAUUGACCAAAUGACUAUUAUCUUAAUACUAUGACAAAUUAGUGUAAAGUGAUUACAGGGACUAAGUGUAUUGCAACUGACAGAAUUUCCUAAGUAUGGGUAUCUUGAAAACUAACAUCGUAAGAAGAUACUUCUUUAUUCAUAAACAUUGCAGCUUUUAAAAUAAAGUUCAAAAGCAUAUAACUGAUAUUUCGACUAUGAUACUUUCGGGUCAAUAAAUACAAUUAAACAGUAUUGGGACAAACUCCGCACGUAGUCCUUGUAGGGUUACUGCCGGUCUCAAGCCGGGAUAGAGGAGGAGAAAAUCAUUAACACCAUUUAAAGUCCGCCCCGGGAGUCGAAGGAUCUUUAUUUAGAAUUCUGAUACCUUAUGGUGAAAGCCGAGAUUCUUUGAAAAUCACGAGGCCGAUGACCCUUCUAACUACCAGAGCAACAAUUAAUGUAGGCACAUCGAAUGUCUGGACAAUAUGGGAGACCAGUCGAAUAGCUACGGAAAUGAGAUACAAAUAGGCGGUGCGCAAAAUAAGCGAAACCCAUCGGACCUAAGCUGGACAGAAAGGAUUAGCUUCAGGAGAGGUGCCGUUGUACUCUGGCCAUAAAUAAGAAAAUGCUUUACACACAAGAAAUCGCAUUAAUGCUUCUUAAAGAAACGCGAAUCUCGUAGAUAAGAUGGUGGUUAGAGGCAGUCAACAAAAAACCCUGGGCCCAAGUUUCGUGAUAUUUGGCGCCCGUCAGCAAGAUGUACCUGUAAUAUUGGGGGGACUGAUGCUCCCUGACGGGUUCGAUGUCGUGUCAUCCGGCUUCACAGGCAGAGACUUUACUACUGGACUGUCCGGGCCACGACUGACCUCCUGUAGGAUUGAGAUAUAUUCACAAUUGAUUGAUCACCAUCCAGUGAUCAGUCAACUGUGAAUCUCAUAGAUCCGGGAUCAUCAAAGCAUCUUUCAAAACUGGGGAUUACGAUGAAUGUUGUCCAGUGAUAUGCGACCACCAAUGAUAGCAAACAAAACGAUAAAGAUUGGUUUUAUGAAGCUGCAGUCAGUCAGAGAAAACCCAGGAAAGGAACUGACCAUCCUAAUGGGAGACCUAAACGCCAAAGUCGGAAAAGACAAGAUCAGACAUAAAGGUAUCAUGGGACGCUAUAUUUAUUUAUUUGGACACAUAAAUAUUGGUACAAGAGAGCGCCAAUAUAUAUGCGCCACAC